GCGCAGCGGCAGCGAACACGGGAGCGAGCGCGGUGAGUCCCGGAGCCGGCUCCGGCACGUGUGACCGUGUGUGAUCACGUGUGUGAACAUGUGUGUGUGAUCGUGUGUGUCCCUGUGUGUGUGACCGUGUGUGAUCAUGUGUGUGAUCAUGUGUGCGAUCGUGUGUGUCCCUGUGUGUGUGACCGUGUGUGAUCAUGUGUGUGAUUGUGUGUGUGAUCGUGUGUGUGAUCAUGUGUGUGUCCAUGUGUGUGUGAUCGUGUGUGUGUGAUCGUGUGUGUCCGUGUGUGUGUCCAUGUGUGGCAGUGUGUCCGUGUGUGCCCGUUUGUGACGGCGUGUGAUCAUGUGUGACCGCAUGUGAUUGUGUGUGAUCGUGUGUCCAUGUCCCAUAUCCCAUGUCCAUGUCCCCAUUACCAUGUCCUAUGUCCUCAUAUCCCCAUAUCCCCAUAUCCCAUAUCCCUGUGUCCCAUGUCCCCGUGUCCCCAUGUCCCAUACCCCAUGUCCAUACCCCACGUCCGUACCCCAUGUCCAUACCCCCGUACCCCCAUGUUCCCCGUCAGUUUCGUUUCUCUGUAGCAGCUGCAGGUUCUGCUUUCGGGUGCCAGUCACACACACACACACACAUACACACAUGUACACACAUGUCACGAGCUGGCUGAACCCUCCCCCGCCACACACACACAUGUGUCAUAAGGUGGCAGCGGGACACGGCCCCUCCCAUCCCACAUGUGCCAUGACCCUGCUGGGCUUCAGCCCUGCACAUGCGUGUCAUGAGCUGCUCAGGCCUCAGCCCCCCCUCACACACACACACACGUGCCAUGACCCUGCCAGGUCUCAGCCAGCCUCUCGCGCGCAUAGACACACACACACACGUGUCAUGAGCUGGCAGAGCCUCAGCCCCUCAUUCACACGUGUCACAAGUUGCCCAGGUCUCAGCACCUCACCCAUGUCCCGUGUCCUGCAGCCGUGCCCCGUGUCCCUCAGCCCUUGUUAUCCCAUGUUCUGUGUCCCUCAGCCCCUGUUACCCUGCAUUCUCCCGUGUCCCCCAGCCCGUGUUAGCCCGUGUUAGCCCGUGUCCCUUAUCCCUUGUUAUCCCAUGUCCCUCAGCCCAUGUUAUCCCGUGUCCCUUAGCCUGCAUUGUCCCAUGUCCCGCGUCCCUCAGCCUGUGUUAUCCUGCGCCCCGUGUCCCUUAACCCGUGUUAUCCCACAUCCCGUGCCUCUUAGCCCAUGUUAUCCUGUGUCCCAUGUCCCUUAGCCCACGUUAUCCUAUGUCCCAUGUCCCUUAGCCCCUGUUAUCCCAUGUCCCGUGCCCCUUAACUUGUGUUAUCCCAUGUCCCAUGCCCCUUAGCCCGCAUUAUCCCAUGUCCCGUGUCCCUCAGCCCGUGUUAUUCCAUGUCCCGUGCCCGUUACCCCGCGUUCUCCCGUGUCCCUCAGCCCCUGUUAUCCCGUGCCCCUUAUCCCGCGCCUCGUGUCCCGCAGCCCCUGUUGCCCCGCGCUGCCCGGCGCUGCCCGCGGUCCCGGCGCUGCCCGCGGUCCCGGCGCUGCCGGCGCUGCCCGCGGUCCCGGCGCUGCCCGCGGUCCCAGCGCUGCCGGCGCUGCCGGCGGUCCCGGCGCUGCCCGCGGUCCCGGCGGGAUGAGCGCGCCGCCGCGGCGCGUCCGGCUGCGGCCGUGGCUGGAGGCGCAGGUGAGCAGCCGCCGCUUCCCCGGCCUGCGCUGGCUCGACCCCGCGCGCCGGCGCUUCGCCAUCCCCUGGAGACACGCGACCAGGAGCCCCCCGGAGCCCCCCGAGCAGCACAGCAUCUUCAAGGCGUGGGCGCAGGAGACGGGCCGGUUCCGGGAGGGCCGGGACGCGCCGGACCCCGCCAAGUGGAAGGCGAACCUGCGCUGCGCGCUCAACAAGAGCCGCGACUUCCGCCUCCUCUUCGACGGCACCAAAGCGGCGCCGCUGCGGCCCUACAAAGUCUACGAGCUCUGCGACCCGCCCCCCCGCGGCGCCGAUGGGGGGCCUGAGGAUGACUACGACUACGCUGAGGAGGAGGAAGAUGUCAACCAGCUCCAGAUGACAUCUCUGAGCAUCAAUGACACCCACCACGGGGGGGACCUGCUGCCCCCCUUCAGCAGCAGCUGCCCCAUGGGACCCUUCGUGCCACCCCCCCUGGCUGCGGAGCUGGGGGGCGCCCAUGGGACCCCCGUGGAGGUGGGGGGCACCCAUGAGACCCCCGAGCUGCCCCCCCCGGGGCCGCCGGCUGCCUGCCCACUGGAGGCACCCCUGGAGCACCCCAUCCCCAACCUGCUCACCAGCCCCCACAUGCUGCCACUGACAGACCUGGAGCUGCAGUUCCGGUACCGGGGGCGCCAGGCGGGCGUGCUGACGGUGAGCCACGCGCAGGGCUGCCGCCUGUUCCACGGCAGCCUGGAGCCGCGCGCCGAGCGGGAGCCGCUGCUGGGGCCGCCGGCGCUGCAGCAGGUCCCCUUCCCCGCCGCCGCCGCCAUCCCCAACGAGAGGCAGCGCUUCUACACGCAGCGGCUGCUGGAGGCGCUGCACCGCGGCCUCGUCCUCGAGCUGCAGGGCCAGGACCUCUUCGCCACCCGCCUCUGCCAGUGCAAGGUGUUCUGGACGGGGCCCUGCGCCCCGCGCCGCGCCGGCCCCAACCCCAUCGAGAGGGAGAAGAAGACCAAGCUCUUCAGCCUCGAGGGGUUCCUCAAUGGCCUCAUCCUCUUCCAGAAGGGCCGAACCACCACCCCCCCGCCCUUUGAGAUCUUCUUGUGCUUCGGGGAGGAGUGGCCGGACCACAAGCCCAAGGAGAAGAAGCUCAUCACGGUGCAGGUGGUGCCGGUGGCGGCGCGGCUGCUGCUGGAGAUGUUCUCCGGGGAGUUAUCCUGGUCGGCCGACAGCAUCCCGCUGCACAUCUCCCAUCCGGACCUCAAGGACGAGAUGGUGGAACAGUUCAAGGAGCUUCACCAGCUUUGGCAGAACCAGCAGCGGCUGCCACCGCCGCCACCACCACCACCACCACCACCACCAUCAAUGGUGGCACAACCAGCGCCCGGCCCCACCGCCGGCACCUGGGUGCUGCCCCAGUGAUGUGGAGAGGUGGGAACCACCACCAUGAAGGCCUGUGGGGUGGUGACCCUCCAUCCUGUCACCAUCCAGGGUGGUGGAGCUGUGCUCACACAUCCCCACCGCUUGGGUGCUGCCACCUCCCUGGUGCGACAUGGAGGUGGGACGGGGCCGCGCUGGACCUGGAAGCCCCUCGAGAUGGGGUUGUGGCCACCAGCUCAAGCCCCCCUCAAUGAAGAAGCUCCCAGGAGCUCGGAGAGAAGAGCCGGGGCGGGAUUUGGGGGGUUCAGUUCUCUCGGUUCCAGGUUUUUUGUGGUUUUUAUUGUUCUCGAGAUGGCUACAACACCCCUGGAGGGCCCAGCAUGCGCCCCAGCCCCGGCCCCGCGCGCGGCUCCACCCCGCCACGAAACCCAGAGAACCCCAAAAAUCAAACCAAAGAAAACCCCCAAACAAGAAGAAAAAACCCCAAAAUAGAAUAUGUAUUUCAAGAGUCUGGCCUGCCUGCGUCUUCUCCAGGAGGUCACCACCAGGCAGGACGCGGUGGCGCGGGGAGGGCCGAGCCCUGGCCUUCCACUAAACCUGCUUCAAACCCUGA